UGACCUCUUCAUCCGAUGAAGUGGCUUCCUCCUCGAGAUCCUCGGUGAGCGAAAGCCGAUCAUCGUCAUUUGAGUCAUCGAGCAGUGUGUCGGAGGUGGAAGUGGUGACAUCAAGUUCAUCUGAGAUGCCGUCGAUCCCGACAACUACUCCGAUGACAGUAACUUCGUCGGUGAUUUUGACUUCAUCUGAGAGCUCAAGUCAACAGAGCUCCGUGUCCUCAGAAUUGACCACAAGUUCCUCGGAGGGGACUAGCUCCUCGGUUUCUUCUUCAGAAUUAGUCGCCUCAACGACAAUGAGACCAACGAUACCGAACACGAUAACUUUUUCACCUGGGAGGUCCACGGGGACCACAAUGGCCGUAACAGAGUCGAAGUUUUCAGCAUCAACAACCAGUUUGAAAUACACAACGUCGUCGUUGAGUUCGAGUGAGGAGAGUUCGUCGUUGUCGUCUUCCCUGGACAGAUCGUCGUCGGUGUCAUCGUCGACCACCAAGAAAAACGUGGAUGGAGGUGGUGGAGCAAAAGGUGGUGAUAAUGAAACCACGAGCUCUUCCUCUUCGGUUUUAUCAUCCAUCCCGACUGCAACGCCAACGACAGCAACAAGAACUGUCAGCAGUUCGUUUUCAACAUCGUAUGUGACAAUUUCGUCGUCGCCCAGUUUGAGGACGAAUACCGGCAUGACGGAAACGUCUGCCGAACCGACGUCCACCAAAUUUUCGUCAUCAAAGACAGACAGUUCGUCUGUUACGAGCGGUAAGAGUGAAACAUCCUCGACAUCUUCCACUGAUCAGGUGACAGACACGCGGGUGGAACCUGUCACGGGAAGCAGCCGAAAACCUGUCAGCACCUCAUCAGAACCAACGAUCAAGCUUACAGACAGAUCAACAUCUUCGCCAUCGCUGCCAUCAAUACCGACAACUACUCCGAUGACAAUGUCGUCGUCAUCAAUGGGAUCUUCGGUCACUGACAGGACGUCAUCAUACACCAAAACGUCGUCCUCAGAAGGGUCUUCGAUCAGACUGGAAUCCACGUCGUCAGCUGGAACAUCCUUGACCAUCAGUUCGGAAACAGCAUCUUCUGAAUCAGGAAUAUCUUCAAGCAGGAGCGAUAUUUCGAGUAGCCAGAGUUUGGAGACUUCCUCAAUGUCGUCGUCUUUGGAGAAGUCGUCCUCGACAGGAGAGAGCUCGAGCAGUUCAGGUGUUUCAAUGUCACCCGUCCCUACUGCGACCCCUACGACUGUGACCAUGUCCGAGAGCUCAUUUUCGACAUCGUAUCUUACCCUGUCUCCGACACUAACUUUGACGCCAAGUACAACCAUGGCAACGUCAUCGGUGGAGAGACAAUCCACGGACACGGUGAUAUUGCCUUCUUCCUCUUUCGGUAGGUCAUCGAUGACCUCUUCAUCCGAUGAAGUGGCUUCCUCCUCGAGAUCCUCGGUGAGCGAAAGCCGAUCAUCGUCAUUUGAGUCAUCGAGCAGUGUGUCGGAGGUGGAAGUGGUGACAUCAAGUUCAUCUGAGAUGCCGUCGAUCCCGACAACUACUCCGAUGACAGUAACUUCGUCGGUGAUUUUGACUUCAUCUGAGAGCUCAAGUCAACAGAGCUCCGUGUCCUCAGAAUUGACCACAAGUUCCUCGGAGGGGACUAGCUCCUCGGUUUCUUCUUCAGAAUUAGUCGCCUCAACGACAAUGAGACCAACGAUACCGAACACGAUAACUUUUUCACCUGGGAGGUCCACGGGGACCACAAUGGCCGUAACAGAGUCGAAGUUUUCAGCAUCAACAACCAGUUUGAAAUACACAACGUCGUCGUUGAGUUCGAGUGAGGAGAGUUCGUCGUUGUCGUCUUCCCUGGACAGAUCGUCGUCGGUGUCAUCGUCGACCACCAAGAAAAACGUGGAUGGAGGUGGUGGAGCAAAAGGUGGUGAUAAUGAAACCACGAGCUCUUCCUCUUCGGUUUUAUCAUCCAUCCCGACUGCAACGCCAACGACAGCAACAAGAACUGUCAGCAGUUCGUUUUCAACAUCGUAUGUGACAAUUUCGUCGUCGCCCAGUUUGAGGACGAAUACCGGCAUGACGGAAACGUCUGCCGAACCGACGUCCACCAAAUUUUCGUCAUCAAAGACAGACAGUUCGUCUGUUACGAGCGGUAAGAGUGAAACAUCCUCGACAUCUUCCACUGAUCAGGUGACAGACACGCGGGUGGAACCUGUCACGGGAAGCAGCCGAAAACCUGUCAGCACCUCAUCAGAACCAACGAUCAAGCUUACAGACAGAUCAACAUCUUCGCCAUCGCUGCCAUCAAUACCGACAACUACUCCGAUGACAAUGUCGUCGUCAUCAAUGGGAUCUUCGGUCACUGACAGGACGUCAUCAUACACCAAAACGUCGUCCUCAGAAGGGUCUUCGAUCAGACUGGAAUCCACGUCGUCAGCUGGAACAUCCUUGACCAUCAGUUCGGAAACAGCAUCUUCUGAAUCAGGAAUAUCUUCAAGCAGGAGCGAUAUUUCGAGUAGCCAGAGUUUGGAGACUUCCUCAAUGUCGUCGUCUUUGGAGAAGUCGUCCUCGACAGGAGAGAGCUCGAGCAGUUCAGGUGUUUCAAUGUCACCCGUCCCUACUGCGACCCCUACGACUGUGACCAUGUCCGAGAGCUCAUUUUCGACAUCGUAUCUUACCCUGUCUCCGACACUAACUUUGACGCCAAGUACAACCAUGGCAACGUCAUCGUUGGAGAGACAAUCCACGGACACGGCGAUAUUGCCUUCUUCCUCUUUCGGUAGGUCAUCGAUGACCUCUUCAUCCGAUGAAGUGGCUUCCUCCUCGAGAUCCUCGGUGAGCGAAAGCCGAUCAUCGUCAUUUGAGUCAUCGAGCAGUGUGUCGGAGGUGGAAGUGGUGACAUCAAGUUCAUCUGAGAUGCCGUCGAUCCCGACAACUACUCCGAUGACAGUAACUUCGUCGGUGAUUUUGACUUCAUCUGAGAGCUCAAGUCAACAGAGCUCCGUGUCCUCAGAAUUGACCACAAGUUCCUCGGAGGGGACUAGCUCCUCGGUUUCUUCUUCAGAAUUAGUCGCCUCAACGACAAUGAGACCAACGAUACCGAACACGAUAACUUUUUCACCUGGGAGGUCCACGGGGACCACAAUGGCCGUAACAGAGUCGAAGUUUUCAGCAUCAACAACCAGUUUGAAAUACACAACGUCGUCGUUGAGUUCGAGUGAGGAGAGUUCGUCGUUGUCGUCUUCCCUGGACAGAUCGUCGUCGGUGUCAUCGUCGACCACCAAGAAAAACGUGGAUGGAGGUGGUGGAGCAAAAGGUGGUGAUAAUGAAACCACGAGCUCUUCCUCUUCGGUUUUAUCAUCCAUCCCGACUGCAACGCCAACGACAGCAACAAGAACUGUCAGCAGUUCGUUUUCAACAUCGUAUGUGACAAUUUCGUCGUCGCCCAGUUUGAGGACGAAUACCGGCAUGACGGAAACGUCUGCCGAACCGACGUCCACCAAAUUUUCGUCAUCAAAGACAGACAGUUCGUCUGUUACGAGCGGUAAGAGUGAAACAUCCUCGACAUCUUCCACUGAUCAGGUGACAGACACGCGGGUGGAACCUGUCACGGGAAGCAGCCGAAAACCUGUCAGCACCUCAUCAGAACCAACGAUCAAGCUUACAGACAGAUCAACAUCUUCGCCAUCGCUGCCAUCAAUACCGACAACUACUCCGAUGACAAUGUCGUCGUCAUCAAUGGGAUCUUCGGUCACUGACAGGUCGUCAUCAUACACCAAAACGUCGUCCUCAGAAGGGUCUUCGAUCAGACUGGAAUCCACGUCGUCAGCUGGAACAUCCUUGACCAUCAGUUCGGAAACAGCAUCUUCUGAAUCAGGAAUAUCUUCAAGCAGGAGCGAUAUUUCGAGUAGCCAGAGUUUGGAGACUUCCUCAAUGUCGUCGUCUUUGGAGAAGUCGUCCUCGACAGGAGAGAGCUCGAGCAGUUCAGGUGUUUCAAUGUCACCCGUCCCUACUGCGACCCCUACGACUGUGACCAUGUCUGAGAGCUCAUUUUCGACAUCGUAUCUUACCCUGUCUCCGACACUAACUUUGACGCCAAGUACAACCAUGGCAACAUCAUCGGUGGAGAGACAAUCCACGGACACGGUGAUAUUGCCUUCUUCCUCUUUCGGUAGGUCAUCGAUGACCUCUUCAUCCGAUGAAGUGGCUUCCUCCUCGAGAUCCUCGGUGAGCGAAAGCCGAUCAUCGUCAUUUGAGUCAUCGAGCAGUGUGUCGGAGGUGGAAGUGGUGACAUCAAGUUCAUCUGAGAUGCCGUCGAUCCCGACAACUACUCCGAUGACAGUAACUUCGUCGGUGAUUUUGACUUCAUCUGAGAGCUCAAGUCAACAGAGCUCCGUGUCCUCAGAAUUGACCACAAGUUCCUCGGAGGGGACUAGCUCCUCGGUUUCUUCUUCAGAAUUAGUCGCCUCAACGACAAUGAGACCAACGAUACCGAACACGAUAACUUUUUCACCUGGGAGGUCCACGGGGACCACAAUGGCCGUAACAGAGUCGAAGUUUUCAGCAUCAACAACCAGUUUGAAAUACACAACGUCGUCGUUGAGUUCGAGUGAGGAGAGUUCGUCGUUGUCGUCUUCCCUGGACAGAUCGUCGUCGGUGUCAUCGUCGACCACCAAGAAAAACGUGGAUGGAGGUGGUGGAGCAAAAGGUGGUGAUAAUGAAACCACGAGCUCUUCCUCUUCGGUUUUAUCAUCCAUCCCGACUGCAACGCCAACGACAGCAACAAGAACUGUCAGCAGUUCGUUUUCAACAUCGUAUGUGACAAUUUCGUCGUCGCCCAGUUUGAGGACGAAUACCGGCAUGACGGAAACGUCUGCCGAACCGACGUCCACCAAAUUUUCGUCAUCAAAGACAGACAGUUCGUCUGUUACGAGCGGUAAGAGUGAAACAUCCUCGACAUCUUCCACUGAUCAGGUGACAGACACGCGGGUGGAACCUGUCACGGGAAGCAGCCGAAAACCUGUCAGCACCUCAUCAGAACCAACGAUCAAGCUUACAGACAGAUCAACAUCUUCGCCAUCGCUGCCAUCAAUACCGACAACUACUCCGAUGACAAUGUCGUCGUCAUCAAUGGGAUCUUCGGUCACUGACAGGACGUCAUCAUACACCAAAACGUCGUCCUCAGAAGGGUCUUCGAUCAGACUGGAAUCCACGUCGUCAGCUGGAACAUCCUUGACCAUCAGUUCGGAAACAGCAUCUUCUGAAUCAGGAAUAUCUUCAAGCAGGAGCGAUAUUUCGAGUAGCCAGAGUUUGGAGACUUCCUCAAUGUCGUCGUCUUUGGAGAAGUCGUCCUCGACAGGAGAGAGCUCGAGCAGUUCAGGUGUUUCAAUGUCACCCGUCCCUACUGCGACCCCUACGACUGUGACCAUGUCCGAGAGCUCAUUUUCGACAUCGUAUCUUACCCUGUCUCCGACACUAACUUUGACGCCAAGUACAACCAUGGCAACGUCAUCGGUGGAGAGACAAUCCACGGACACGGUGAUAUUGCCUUCUUCCUCUUUCGGUAGGUCAUCGAUGACCUCUUCAUCCGAUGAAGUGGCUUCCUCCUCGAGAUCCUCGGUGAGCGAAAGCCGAUCAUCGUCAUUUGAGUCAUCGAGCAGUGUGUCGGAGGUGGAAGUGGUGACAUCAAGUUCAUCUGAGAUGCCGUCGAUCCCGACAACUACUCCGAUGACAGUAACUUCGUCGGUGAUUUUGACUUCAUCUGAGAGCUCAAGUCAACAGAGCUCCGUGUCCUCAGAAUUGACCACAAGUUCCUCGGAGGGGACUAGCUCCUCGGUUUCUUCUUCAGAAUUAGUCGCCUCAACGACAAUGAGACCAACGAUACCGAACACGAUAACUUUUUCACCUGGGAGGUCCACGGGGACCACAAUGGCCGUAACAGAGUCGAAGUUUUCAGCAUCAACAACCAGUUUGAAAUACACAACGUCGUCGUUGAGUUCGAGUGAGGAGAGUUCGUCGUUGUCGUCUUCCCUGGACAGAUCGUCGUCGGUGUCAUCGUCGACCACCAAGAAAAACGUGGAUGGAGGUGGUGGAGGAAAGGGUGGUGAUAAUGAAACCACGAGCUCUUCCUCUUCGGUUUUAUCAUCCAUCCCGACUGCAACGCCAACGACAGCAACAAGAACUGUCAGCAGUUCGUUUUCAACAUCGUAUGUGACAAUGUCGUCGUCGCCCAGUUUGAGGACGAAUACCGGUAUGACGGAAACGUCUGCCGAACCGACGUCCACCAAAUUUUCGUCAUCAAAGACAGACAGUUCGUCUGUUACGAGAGGUAAGAGUGAAACAUCCUCGAUAUCUUCAACUGAUCAGGUGACAGACACGCAGGUGGAACCUGUCACGGGAAGCAGCCGAAAACCUGUCAGCACCUCAUCAGAACCAACGAUCAAGCUUACAGACAGAUCAACAUCUUCGCCAUCGCUGCCAUCAAUACCGACAACUACUCCGAUGACAAUGUCGUCGUCAUCAAUGGGAUCUUCGGUCACUGACAGGUCGUCAUCAUACACCAAAACGUCGUCCUCAGAAGGGUCUUCGAUCAGACUGGAAUCCACGUCGUCAGCUGGAACAUCCUUGACCAUCAGUUCGGAAACAGCAUCUUCUGAAUCAGGAAUAUCUUCAAGCAGGAGCGAUAUUUCGAGUAGCCAGAGUUUGGAGACUUCCUCAAUGUCGUCGUCUUUGGAGAAGUCGUCCUCGACAGGAGAGAGCUCGAGCAGUUCAGGUGUUUCAAUGUCACCCGUCCCUACUGCGACCCCUACGACUGUGACCAUGUCCGAGAGCUCAUUUUCGACAUCGUAUCUUACCCUGUCUCCGACACUAACUUUGACGCCAAGUACAACCAUGGCAACGUCAUCGGUGGAGAGACAAUCCACGGACACGGUGAUAUUGCCUUCUUCCUCUUUCGGUAGGUCAUCGAUAACCUCUUCAUCCGAUGAAGUGGCUUCCUCCUCGAGAUCUUCGGUGAGCGAAAGCCGAUCAACGUCAUUUGAGUCAUCGAGCAGUGUGUCGGAGGUGGAAGUGGUGACAUCAAGUUCAUCUGAGAUGCCGUCGAUCCCGACAACUACUCCGAUGACAGUAACUUCGUCGGUGAUUUUGACUUCAUCUGAGAGCUCAAGUCAACAGAGCUCCGUGUCCUCAGAAUUGACCACAAGUUCCUCGGAGGGGACUAGCUCCUCGGUUUCUUCUUCAGAAUUAGUCGCCUCAACGACAAUGAGACCAACGAUACCGAACACGAUAACUUUUUCACCUGGGAGGUCCACGGGGACCACAAUGGCCGUAACAGAGUCGAAGUUUUCAGCAUCAACAACCAGUUUGAAAUACACAACGUCGUCGUUGAGUUCGAGUGAGGAGAGUUCGUCGUUGUCGUCUUCCCUGGACAGAUCGUCGUCGGUGUCAUCGUCGACCACCAAGAAAAACGUGGAUGGAGGUGGUGGAGGAAAGGGUGGUGAUAAUGAAACCACGAGCUCUUCCUCUUCGUUUGAGGACGAAUACCGGUAUGACGGAAACGUCUGCCGAACCGACGUCCACCAAAUUUUCGUCAUCAAAGACAGACAGUUCGUCUGUUACGAGAGGUAA